AAACUGAAGCAUACAAAAUAGAAAACAAUUAGCUUCUCAGGAAAUGCCUCCCCUUCCUUACUCUAUGCUCUUCUCAACCAUUCAAUCUGGUGCGGAACUCACAUGAUGACACAGUCGUGAAACCCAUCACGGCAAUCGAACCCCAGAUCAUGAAUCUCCUCCCUGCUGCCUGUUCCUGCCCGUACAGAAAGCGGGUGGUGGAGCGCCACCUGGCUCCGCCUCUGUGAUUGCACGUGAGGGCGAUGGAAUUGGCGACCGGGCAGUGAGUGAAGGCCUCCGGAGGGUAAUCUAUGUCCAUCUGUUUGAUGGGUUGGAUUUGGUGCAGAGCUAGAUCCACCAUUGGCAGAGCAACAAUUGCUCUGGAAUAGGAUAAACUUGUAACCAGACAGGUAUUGAUUUACUCCAUGAUCAGGACAACUUAGUCCCCGCGCCGAACAAGAAUAGAUUUACCCCUGGUUAGAGUGCAUCCAAAGUUCCAAACCCCUGACGAAACAGAACGAAUAUCUUUUAGCAGAGCCAAUAGCAAGCAGCAAGCUCGACCCCCAUCAACAAGUGUUGGCCCUGUGACUGUGAGGAGGAUAAUGGUAGCAUACGGGGGAAUUUCUUCUCUUAGUCUCAGUCCUAGUCCUUGCUUUUCUUCUUUGCCUUAUCUUCGUCGGCGCUGCUUCUCCACUCGCCGGACGUUUGCCCUCAUGGCAGGAUUAGGUGAUGAUCCUGUCCGAGAUUGGAUUCUGUCGGAAGGAAAAGCAAGCAAGAUUACAAGGAUUAGUCCUGUUGGUGGUGGUUGCAUUAACCGUGCAAGUCGUUACGACACUGAUGCUGGUUCUUUCUUUGUUAAAACAAACAGGAAUAUUGGGCCAUCAAUGUUUGAGGGGGAGGCUCUUGGAUUAGAUGCCAUGUACAAAACUAGAACGAUUCGUGUGCCUCAGCCAUUUAAGGUUGGAUCCUUGCCAACAGGUGGAUCAUACAUCAUUAUGGAGUUUGUUGAGUUUGGUGCAUCUAGAAGCAAUCAGUCUGUGUUAGGAAGAAAGCUAGCUGAAAUGCAUAAAGCUGGGAAAUCAGAAAAGGGAUUUGGUUUUGAUGUAGAGAACACCAUUGGCAGUACUCCACAGAUAAACACUUGGUCAUCAGAUUGGAUUCAAUUUUAUGGAGAGCAUAGAUUAGGUUACCAGCUGAAGUUGGCACAAAAACAAUAUGGUGAUUCAACCAUUUACCAAAAAGGACAGAGACUGAUACAGAAGAUAGCCCCUCUCUUUGAGAACAUUGUAAUAGAGCCAUGCUUGCUACAUGGAGAUUUAUGGAGUGGGAAUAUCACCUACGACAAGAAUGGAGAGCCUGUUAUACUUGACCCUGCAUGUUACUGUGAGUCUCUCUGGCUUUGCCAUAUCAUUCUAUGGAAGGGGCAGCCAACAAUAUGUAUCUUCCCUUUUCAUAUAGUUAGCACCUAGUUUGUUUUGUUGGUUUGUGCAUAAAUUUCUCAUGGUCUGUAACUUCAAUAAAAAGCUCAAUCAGGGUCAUGAGUCUGGAAGUUGAAUAUGCUCAUGUUUUCAGUAUGAAAACAUCUAGCAAUGGUUGGAUAAUCAUUUUUAGGAGUGGUAGAAGAAGUGAAGAACGCCCUAACCUCUGCUAGAAUAGAAAAUGAGUACGAUGACUAAAAUUACAAAAAAAAAAAGGGGGAAGGGGGAAGAAGACGGAAAGAUCCUGUGAACAGUUGCAUGGUCAUCUUUGGGAUGUCAGUUGGAACCUCUAUUGUAUAUAUCUUAGAUACAUUGAAUUGAUAUUUUGAAACGACUGGUGGGAACUCUAAUUCACCUGAUCAAAAUCACUUAUAGAUGGACACAGUGAAGCAGAAUUUGGAAUGUCAUGGUGUGCUGGCUUCGGAGGAUCUUUUUACAAUUCCUACUUUGAGGUGAUGCCUAAACAGCCAGGCUUUGAGAAGAGGAGAGAUCUCUAUCUGUUGUAUCAUUACUUGAAUCAUUACAAUCUCUUUGGCUCUGGUUAUCGCUCCUCCGCCAUGUCUAUAAUAGAUGACUAUCUGAGGAUGCUCAAUGCAUAGGUGCUAAACUUUAAAAAAAACUCUUAUGAACUUGUUAAUUUUGUGAAAUAUAAUUCUAUUUACCCAUCAAUUCUCACCCUGUAAGCCAACUUGGCAGUCUCUUUCCCAUGGAAAUAAGAAAGAUUCUAAGUGGAU